AUAGCAGGCGUCAGUAAUGGGGAAAAACCUUCUCGAGGUGAUAAUACGCAUCAUUUCUUCGUCUCAGAACGUGGCUCACGCGAGUCUGCUUGGGCGACUGAUAGGUUAACUGUGAAUAAGGCGGUUAACUGUUACUUACUUAAAACUACAACUUGGUUGAGGCUAUCACGCCCUGAUAGUUCAUCGUCCGUUUUCUCGAGAGUGAUCUGUGAAGAAAUUGCAGAAGUGAAGCUGUUAACCUCGCGUCUUCGAAGAGUCGUCAAUCAGUAAAUAUGCGCGGGUUUCCAAAGUGAUCACUCCGCGAGAACCGUUAUUUUCAUACGGCUGGGAAAAAAAAUCUCUUCAGGUUUUGAUAGAGAAAAAAAUGGGUUUACCUUUUCUGUGUUCAGUAACACAACAUUUUAUUAAUUUUUUUAUUUCUCCAUACUUUUAGGGUUGAUACCGAGGAAGUUGCCUCACUAGAUUUGAUUUCUCGAAGUGGUCACUGUUAAGGCCACCAGCUGUUAAGCGAACUUAAAAGCGCGGGCCUUGACGGGUGGUCGGCCUCCGCGAGCUGCAAUGGCGGCUGCUGCAGAAUAACGUGUCGCAGUAAGCUACCUUCUAGCGCCUGUUCAGGCAUCUACUUGGUUGGCGUAUUUCAUGAUCAGAUGUGGGAAUUAAUGUAUGAGUGCUCCUUUUGGUAUGUUAGCAAAGAGAUGCACGUGAUUUGUAUGCACCUGAGUGCUACAACAACACAAAGAUUUCCAAAAGCUAGAGUAUAAUUUAUUUGCCAUCUAAAGGAGGACAGAUUGUAAAUCACCGUUUUCAGUCCCCAGGGGAUGUUUGCUGCCGGUAUGUCUGUCCCACCUCAGGUUCAACUUCUUACGCCACCUCGCACUGUUGUUUCUGAGCAAGGUCCAGCACCUGCUGGAGAUGCACAGACUGAGCAAGGCCUUAGCUACACUAGCACAGACCUUAAUCUUGUGGAAAUGUCAGAAGUUGAAUACACACAGCUUCAGCACAUACUUUACUCACAAAUGGAGACACAAACUGCAGAAGGAGAAAUAGAAACCAGAUUAAACCCAGCCCUGUUUUCAAACUCCACAAACCCCAUUUAUCAGUCUUCUGGUGGUCAAAGCCAAGUCUCUUAUUCACUGCCUAGCACAGCAAACCCAUUAAUGCAUCCAGCAAUGGGUCAGCCUAGCUCAAACAGUGAUUCUCAUUAUUUGACUUCAAAUCAGUGUAUGGGGCACAUUGAUGUCCAGGAACUGAAACUGAUGUUGUUCAGUGAUCCUUCUGUAAACAAGAUUGCACAAGUAGAGAAAACCCCAAACAGUGUUUUUGGCAAUGCUUCAGGACUUAGUAUAACAAGACUGAAGAAUACAGAAACAAUGAGUUAUACAAAUAAAGAAAAUAUACCAGUUGAAAAGUCAGGAAUGGCAGCGGAAUGCAAACCCAAAUCAACUGUCCGUGUGAGGCUGGAAGACAGAUUUAAUAGUAUUUCAUCAGAUAUUCCCAGGUGCCAGGAAAAUCAAGAAUCUGGAGUUACACUUAGCAACUUGGUGACAUUGAUCCGCCAUCCUUCAGAGCUCAUUGGCAUGCCUUCUCACCAGCAACAGAACAAGUGCACAGCUUUAGUGAAAAAUAAGGCAGCUGCUACUAGUGCCCUGCAGUUUGCAUACCCACUUUUUGCUGCCAACAUCUGUUCCAGUGCUGAGAGCUGCAGUUCCACACAGAGUCAGGAUACUGGAAGUUUGUGUCAUAUGCUGGAAUCAACCAAACACAAAGAAUUGGGUUUGCCGAGAGCUCUGUCUUACUGUUACCAGCAAGAAUCUGAGUCUGCAAAACCGUCAAUGAGCAGUAGGAGUAAAGUACUACCUGAGCAAAUUUGGAUUAAAGUUGAAGAUGCCUUAUGUAUGCAGGCAGCGAAUAGAAGCAGUCGUGGUCGCAUACGGCGUGUGAAUACAAGUGCAGAUCGCAGAGCCUUAAAUGAUAUUCAGAAUGUCCCAGAAAGCCAGAAUACUGCUAGUACACAGGAAGAACAGUGGCCAUCCACAAGAUCAAAGCCCACUGAUUUGUCACCAAACAAACAGGCACCAGGGACUUCUCAGCGCAGAGAAAGACACAACCGUAUGGAAAGGGACAGGAGGCGCAGAAUUCGUAACUGCUGUGAUGAGCUUAAUCUGCUGGUUCCAUUUUGUACGUCUGAGACUGACAAAGCAACAACUUUGCAGUGGACGGCAUCAUUUCUCAAAUACAUUCAAGAAAGACAUGGUGACACAUUAAAAAAGGAGUUUGAAAGUGUUUUCUGUGGUAAAACAGGGAGGCAGUUAAAAAUGGCACGAGCAGACUUUGUGGAAGCUUGUCCUGUACGUGAAAACUUGCAGACCAUUUCUGAGGCUGAUAACAAAUAAGAACAACUUUGUUCACUUUCCAUUGUGGCUAUAAGUGAUAUGAAGGAGUUAAAUUUGUGGAGAACAUCCGAUUUAUUAUACAGCUGCUAGUUCUUAGGAAAAAUUCCUUAGCAGCAGAGGUAGACAUGAACAUGAACUGAAAGAGAUUUCCUACAGCUAUAGUACUGAGACCAGACUACAACCUAAAAAGAUAAUUGUUUGAUCAGCUAUGUUAUUUUUAAUAUAACUGUACCGAAGUGAUUUUAAACUAGUACGUUAGUAUGUUAUCAUUUUUUCCUUUAAACAGGGAGACUGAAAGUAAUGUAGAAUUCCUCUCCAGAGUUGCAUUAUUAAAGAUAAGGAUUUUUUAAAAUUGAGUCAUUCUGGCUAGUAUGCAUUUCAUUUAAUACACUGGUAAUAUAGAUACAAUAUAUUUAUAAAUUUCCAUUAGAAUAGUCUAAAAAGGUGUACAUAAUUACAGUUAGAUCCUGCAUACUUCCAUAUUGACCCAGUUCAGUUAAUUGAAUUACUAAAACUGAAAUAAGCCAGUUUGACUAUCUGUUAUAAAGCUGUAUGUUAUUACUGCUAAUGGAAAAUUUGCUUUGUAAACAAAAAUAUUUCUUGAAAAACUGCAUUAACAGAAUUGAAAGUUUUACAGCUA